AUUUUUCCUGCUCUCCUCAGGAACAAAGGGAAGGAACAAAGGAGAGUUCACCAACCUUCAAGGAGUAGCUGCGUCUUCCAACGGCAAGAUACUGAUCGCUGACAGCAACAAUCAGUGUGUCCAGAUUUUCUCCAAUGAGGGGGAAUUCAAGAAUCGUUUUGGGGUGCGGGGACGGUCACCAGGGCAACUGCAGCGCCCCACGGGUGUGGCCGUGCACCCCAGUGGUGACAUCAUCAUCGCUGACUAUGACAACAAGUGGGUCAGCAUCUUCUCCUGCGAGGGCAAGUUCAAGGCGAAGCUGGGCUCUGGCAGACUUAUGGGGCCAAAAGGCGUGUCUGUGGACCAGAACGGUCAUGUGAUCGUGGUUGACAACAAGGCGUGUACAGUCUUCAUCUUCCA